GUAAGAAACAUGAUGACGCUUAGCUUCAAGUUAGUUCAGAGCUCAUGUGACAUGGAUUGAAAGAUGUAUGGUGCUAAGCUGACCUAUACUUCACUUAAUUUGCAUAAACGUCUCGAGAACUGGUUGCAAAGCACUUUAAACUGAUUUGCAAAUGUCAUUUGCUGUACAUUUCUUAUCUACUUGGGUUUUAGGAUUUUUAACUGUCUUUCAUGUGAAUCUUAAUUUGGCUUAUGUUAAAAUAGUGGUACAAAUAGGAUCGCAAUAUAAAAAAUAUAUUCUACCACAUUUUCACGAUACACUGUAUUUAUUGCAUCAUUUUUACAGGCAGACAAAACACUGUGCUCCACUUCAUCCAGUUAAACCAGAACCAGACUGUGGAGUAGCUGCAGCACGGAAGCUGAGCACUUGGUAAGAAGAGUGUUUCCUGGCUUGAAUGCGGCCCGAUUGCACCUGGAGCAUGUCCACUGCAGGCUUGACUGCCCAGGAGAUUUGUUUACCCUCGCAAAGCCUCUUCCUGCGGGGCAGCUAUUGCCAUAGCAUGGCCGGAGCCAAGCCCUCCUGGAAAUACGAAGAUGAUUUUGACAACUUGUAUUUGAGCCUCGAUACCUCUGUGAGUUACAACCUCCCAACUCAGCAACAGUUGCCAUCCUUCUUAACAGGAAGCAAACAAAGAUUCUAUUCCCAUUCCGCACAUAGUCCCGUGGCCCAGCCGUUGCCUCCUAAAAAGUUCCAUCCUACGCAGCUGUCUUUAUCUUCUACGGUUGAUCCCUACACGCCGAGCCCUGUUGAAGAUGACCAGGUGGUCCCUGGCUUCCAGCGCCUGUGUGUAUCUGAUCGCGUCUCCCCGCCUCAGACGCCUAGCCGGGUAGGGAAGCCUCUUCCCCCAAUUCCUGGUUGUGUGGAGUCAACCGCUGACCAUGCAAUGGACAGUGAGGUGGAAUCCUUUACUGCAGAUGACAGUCGUUGUCUAGUUCCUGACCACGUUCCCAAAUCUCCGUUGCGAUGCAGUAUGCACAAUCGCAGUCGGAGCUUCAGAGACUGUGGACAGAUCAAUUAUGCCUACUUUGAAGGGCCGUCGUUGUCGCAGCAGAACAAGCAUCAGCAGCAUCAUCAGCAGCAUCAGCACCAGCAUCAGCAUCAGUGCCAGCUGCAGCAGCAGCCUAAAAAGAAGAAGCAGGAAUCAGAGUCUCAGGAGCAUCUUCUUCAGCAUCACAAAGAGCAGGACGUACAUGAACAGCAACAUCAGCAGCACAAGGCUGCGUGUCUUCGGCAGCAGGACCGUGCCCAGCGGAAACUGCGGCGCUCCCAUUCCGGUCCCGCCGGCUCCUUCAACAAACCCUCCGCCCUUCGCCUGUCCUGUCAUCAACGGAACGCCCAGUGCCCAGACAAACCCGAAGUCCCUCCUCGAGUGCCCAUUCCGCCGCGGCCCGCCAAGGCUACCGCCGACUACCGGCGGUGGUCAGCGGAGGUGUCCUCAGGGGCUUACAGUGACGAGGACAGGCCUCCAAAGAUCCCACCCAGAGAACCUCUGUCGAGCGGAACAGGAACAUCUCGUACACCGAGCCCCAAAAGCCUCCCUUUUUACCUCAACGGAGUCAUGCCGCCCACGCAGAGUUUCGCCCCGGAUCCCAAGUACGUGAGCCGCGGGUUGCAGAGGCAGAACAGCGAAGGUUCCCCCUGCAUUUUACCCAUCAUGGAGAACGGCAGGAAGGCCAGUACCACGCACUACUUCUUGCUGCCACAGCGACCCACGUACCUAGACAAACACGAGAAGUAUUUUGUGGACAGCGCAGCGAGUCGAAGCACCGAAGCCUCGGGCUCAAGUCUAGACUGGGCCUGUCAAAGCAAAAGGAAAACGCACUCAGACUUUGUGUGAGGUGGAACUCUAACAGGACAUGGACUGUACUUCAUUUAACGAGGGUUCGUCCUGCUGCCAGAGCACCUAAAGGACUCUUCCGCAGCUCACGUCGGGCAGUUAUCAUUAGUUUUACCCUAGUUUUUGAAAAAUUAGGGUAAGUUACAUACCAUUUGCAGUUACUGAGAUUUCUUGUUGCUGUUCUUAUUAUUUUUAUUUUAUUUUUUUUGUGGUUGUUCUUCUCACAGUGUCAGCAAAACUCUGACAUGAAAAUCGCUGCUUCAAAGGCACCGGUCACUAUGGACGAUAUCUCAGAAUAUUUAGUUUUUUAUACGGUGUGCUAACAAUUCGUUGUUAUGUGAAACGCAAGUGUUGUUUUAAGUGAUGUUGUUUUGUGGUGCAGUCUUUAGGUAUGAGCUGGUCUGGUACCUCAUUUUAUGCAGUGUUUUUCUUUCUGUUUUUUUGGUAGACUGUGUUCUUGGUAGUCAGGCUUCUUUAUUGCUUUGAAGAAUUUGCUGCUUCUGUGGCUGAAAGUGUGCUUCAGGGCUUCUUGUAUGAAAAAAAAAAGAGGGACAGCGAGUCAGUACGGCAUCUGUUUGCUUUGUGUUGCACACUAAAUAUGAAGUACGAAAAAGAAAAAAAAAAAAGGACAGGCCGAGCUAUGUACUGUAUCGUUAGUGAAGGAUAUUCCAUCUUAAUCUGGCUGUUCCAUUGUGAAUAAACAGUAAACAGGCACAUCGUUGGAAAUGUAUGCUGUUUAGCCUCCUGGAUCACUGAUGUUCUAAGAUGUUGUCCAGAACCUGUGCCUGUUUCUGUGGGUGUGUGUGUGUGUGUGUGUGUGUGUGUAAGUGUGCAUGAUAGACUGUCUGUGUUGUGUUGUUUCUCCGAUCUUGAUUGUGAAAACUGCAGUCACACGUUUUGCAGACAAUGUGCAUGUUACAUAGGAAUGGUCUAAAUAUAGUAUUUGUGUUCACUGUUGUGCAUGGACAAUAUCCAUAUCGUCGCUUUACAGCUUACAGCCACAAACAAGACUCACAGCAUGAGUGUACUCGUGAUAAGUUUCCUCGUAAAAUUGGUGUAACACAAGCUGGAAGUUGCUAGUUUUUGAUUUUUGAGAGUCAGCUUUUGUUAACCCCUUGGAACCCACACUUUUGACACAGUUUCAUAGGCCCCACAAUAGAACCCUGUGGGACUCCAUGGCUAAAUUCAUAUUACAAAACUCAUUAUUGACAUUUAAGUUUUGGUUGAAUGUCCCCGAUAUGGUACACAUGCAUACAUUGAUCAUGUUUAUGCCCAUUAUGUCAUUUUGUUUUUUUGCCAUUCUGCCAGUGUUGUACCAAAUUCUGGUUCACCCCAGAAUCCGACUCCCCUACACCAAGAGGAGCAGUUCUGUUGUUUGGUGUGAUGUUAUGAGUUAUAUAUAAAUAGUUAUUCGUAACAUAUAAAAGGAUGCAGGGGAGUCAGAGUUCGGCACAAUUUUGGCGCUGGCCGAUUAUGACAGUUCUGUCCGCAUGCAGACAGGGGAAAUUUGUGCAUGAAAUCCAAUCUGACCGUUUCAAAUGCCCACGACUUAUAAAAGUGUUUCAAAUGAAAAAAAGAUCUGAUUUGACAUGAAAAAAAAAAAGAUUUGUGUCAAGGGUUCAAGGGGUUAAAGUUCUGAUAAAAGAAUCUAACAAUAUAUAGCUCUGAAUAAAAAUGAAGAGAUCACUUCAGUUUCUGAAUCAGUUUCUCUGAUUUUGCUAUUUAUAGGUUUAUGUUUGAGUAAAAUGAACAUUGUUGUUUUAUUCUAUAAACUACAGACAACAUUUCUCCUAAACUCCAAAUAAAAAUAUUGUCAUUUAGAGCGUUUAUUUGCAGAAAAUCAAUAUUUGGUGGAAUAACCCUGGUUUUUAAUCAGAGUUUUCAUGCAUCUUGGCAUCAUGUUCUCCUCCACCAGUCUUACACACUGCUUUUGGAGAACUUUAUGCUGCUUUACUCCUGGUGCAAAAAUUCAAGCAGUUCAGCUUAAAGGUUUGAGGGCUUGUGAUCAUCAAUCUUCCUCUUGAUUAUAUUCUAGAGGUUUUCAAUUAGGUAAAAUCAAAGAAACUCAUCAUUUUUAAGUGCUCUUUUAUUUUUUUUUAAGAGCUGUAUAUAUGUGUUUUGCCUCUAAUGUUCCUCAUAAACGCAAAAUGAGUGAUAAUCUGCAAAUUGGCUGGAUAAACAUAAACUACUUCCAAGUCCUAAAUUUUAGAUUACAUUUGGCCACGUCCAGCUUUAGAUAUUUUAAAACUUCCAAAACAUCAGUUUUAUUCUUAAUUUUAGCUUUUUUUGUUAAUUUUUCACACUUUUUUCAGGUCUUGAGUAUUUCUCACGAACGUAAAGGGGUAGGGUGUAAGUUCCCUUGAAACCGAGCGUCUUGAAACCUGUGAAAGUGUGUUGGUCUUGUUCUCUAGCUGUUGUCUUUUGAGUGGCUUAAACAAGCUGUGAGUCAGAGCUGUGAAAAAAAAGACUGUCCCCAGUACUACCUCCCUGAACAGGAAUGAAAAAUAAUAAUUCACUCUUUUAUUAAUAAAUCAUAAUCCCAUUAUCUGAGAACGAUAAGGAACGGCGUUAGACAAUGCUUUUCCUAUCUGAACCAAUUCUUUUUUUUUUUCUUUUUCUUUUAAAUGUACUUAAGCCCAGAAGGAAACCAUUAACUGUAAUCUACAUAUAUAAAUACAGUAUGUGUGUAUUUUAUUUGAUAAUUUCUUUUUUUUUUUUGAUUGAUUGACACAAACCUUUAUAGACCUCAAACCUCUUGAAAACAGAAAAGGUUUACUUAAAUCUGUGUAUGCAGCUUACUUCCCCGCCCCCCCUCCUCCUCCUGCUCCUCCCCUCCCCGUUCAUGUCUAGUACAUUUGGCUGACCUGACAGAAUCAGUCUUUCCUGUUCCUGUACAUGCAUACCUGUCAGACGUGAUUGCUGUGGGUGUGGACCUCGGAGACUUUGGCUGCUGGCAGCGAGUAAAUGAGAUGUUUUAUUGUUCUGUAUUGUUCCAAGACCAACGUGAUGAUGAUUACUCAGUAAAUGUAGCAAGUGCAUCAAGGUAACCCUGAAAAUAAUGAUCAUAAAAAAAGCAAACAAACAGCCCACGAAAAAAAAAAAAAAAAAAAAAAACGUGCUGAGCUCGGAGGUCAAAACGUCAUUAUUCCAGCUUCACAUUCAGGAAGGGACACAAGCGUAACUGAUGCAACUUUUUUAUUUUUUAUUAUUUUUUAUUUUUUAAACUAUUUGUAUUUUUUUGUUGUUUUAUCUUUUACAGAUUCAUUUAUCGAAAGAACGAAAGAAAACACAUGUUUACAUUGUACCUUGUAUUAUUUAAUCAUGUGACCUGUUUCCUGUGUCUUAUCUGAAAAUGAAAUGAAGGCAAUGAAGUUCAAGAAUAACAAAGAAUAGACAUUAUUCUCUGCUGUGGUAUAUAGACAAAAGAAGCAAAAUGCACUGAGAAAGAGAGAGAGAAAGAGAGAGAGAGAGAAAGAGAGAGCAGUAUAUUGUGAUGUGUAAAAGUAUUUAACAUAGUCCUCCUGAGUAGCGCUAUGUGUAGUGUGUGUGUAUAUAUAGACUCGAAAUGAAAAAAGUGAAAAAUGAAAAAACAAAACCCGAAAUAAACAGAUUUAUUUAUGAA